AUUCUGCAAAAAGACAAAAUGUUUACACAGGAGAGAGCCGCUACUGAUUAGGGUGGAAGCAAGCAUCAAUCUUGACAUAUCAGAGCGAGGCUGCUGUUGUUCCAAAAUCAAGGAGAAAACAUGUCUGUAACACUCAACAGCGGGUUCAAAAUGCCGGUUCUCGGUCUUGGCGUUUGGCGCAUGGAAGGAAAAGAAAUCAGAGACCUCAUCAUUAAUUCCAUCAACAUUGGUUAUCGCCAUUUCGACUGCGCUGCUGAUUACAAGAAUGAGUCAGAAGUUGGAGACGCACUGGCAGAAGCAAUUUCCACUGGGCAUGUUAAGCGAGAGGAUCUCUUCAUCACCACCAAGCUUUGGAAUUCAGAUCAUGGACAUGUUGUGGAGGCGUGUAAAGACAGUCUAAAGAAGCUUCGGUUGGAUUAUCUAGAUCUGUAUCUUGUUCACUUUCCUGUUGCUACGAAGCACACUGGAGUUGGUGCAACUGGCAGUGCUUUGGAUGAGGAAGGGGUGCUAGAGAUAGACACAACCAUUUCUCUAGAAACUACUUGGCAUGCUAUGGAAGAUCUGGUUUCUCUGGGUUUAGUUCGUAGUAUUGGGAUCAGCAACUACGACAUCUUUCUCACUAGAGAUUGCUUAGCCUAUUCCAAAGUGAAGCCUGCUGUGAAUCAGAUUGAAACUCACCCAUACUUCCAGCGUGAUUCUCUUGUCAAAUUCUGUCUGAAGCAUGGCAUCUCUGUCACAGCCCACACUCCACUGGGAGGUGCUGCAGCCAACACUGAAUGGUUUGGCUCAGUUUCACCUCUGGAUGAUCCAGUUCUCAAGAAUCUUGCUGUGAAAUACAAAAAGACAGUAGCCCAGGUUGUUCUUCAAUGGGGCAUUCAACGCAACACGGUUGUAAUCCCGAAGACAUCAAAACUCGAGAGAUUGAAAGAGAAUUUUCAAGUCUUUGACUUUGAGAUUUCAAAAGAGGACAUGGACCUGAUUAAAAAGGUGGACAAGAAUCUCCGGACCAAUCAACCUGCGAAGUUUUGGGGCGUUGAUCUAUAUGCUUAGGUUUUCUAUAAUUCUACUUUCUACCCAUGAGAGUAAUCCCUUGUGCUCGCUAAGAAUAAACGAGUGCUGUGCUUGUAAACUUUAGACUGAUGUAAAUCACUCUUCGAGGCUCAAAAGAUGUAAUAUGACAAUGAACUGACUCUUUCUAAUGUGGAUGUUGGCCGUUUAUUUAGUUUAUGGCUUUGAUC